AUGUGGCUGCCUACCUACCGGCGGUAUUUCCGCGGCCUGAGCGACCUAAAGUCGGAGUUGGAACACUUUUCGUUGCAGGGCACCCACUGCAUGUGUUGCCAGCGAGGCCAUGUCUCUGCGGACGGAGAGCCCAUGGCUUGCGACCGGAAAGUGGUCCUCCAUUGCCUCAAGUUGUGGUUCGGUAGUGCAGAAAGAUUCGAGCAGCGAGUGCGUUCGGAGGUUUCUGAAACCCUCAUGCACGAGCUGUCCGCCGAGUUCUUCAACUAUAGGCACUGCCUUGCAGCUCUCAUACCCGUCGCCUGGUCUUACAUGGACACAGCAUCAGCGGAGUGGCGGAAGUAUGACGAGCCGGGGCAUCUUGCGACGGAGGUCACCAAGGAGCUUGCGAGGGGCUUUGCAUGGUGGCUGUGUGUGGCACCGUCCAUCUUGCUCAUGACUUUCAGACUUGCAUACUGCUUGCGGGCGAAGCGUUCCAGCCUGUGGUGUGAUUGGGCAGUCAACAUCCUCAUCCUGCUGUGCGUAGUGGCCUUCUUCGUGGCUGCAGUGCAGUUGGAGUUCGCGUGCAUGAUCUUCCACAACCACUUCGUCCCUCGUGACUCAGUGUGGAGAGGUAUGCACACCGCCAUGCUGCUCUUUGUCGCCCUUUGCCUUCCCAUGGCCAUCCUCCUCUUCAAUUGCGUGGGGCUUCAACCUCCGAUAAGCACCAAGAAAACAGCCGCAGCCGGGACUGCCGAAGACGCAGCAAUCACGGAGUCCAAUCCCCGAGACGGCCAUGUCCGCCAAAUCCAAUCGCUCUGA